GAGAUCUACAUGGAGGGCUUCUUGAAUUCCGCAUCUCUUCGACAGAUCUCCCACUAUAUUAUCAGGGAAUAUGGGUCUGUGGAUCAUAAUCUUCACAAUUGGAAAUUGUCAUAAGGUUGAGGAUGUACCCACAUCCUCAGAGGAUGCCUCGGCAGAGUCCGCACUCCGUUAGGUCAACAAUACAAACUUUUGUUGGAAAUUUAGAGAUUGAGAAGACAGUGAAUUCGGUAAACCCUAAACCCUAUUAGCUUCAUAUACUUCAGUACGAAAUUGAAUAUAUUAUUCUGAUAUUCUUAAAUUCCAUUUAUACCAAAUUGAAUAUCAUGGGAUACUUUAUUAUAAAUAUUUUGUGACAUUUUUCAUUUGUAUAAUUUUGAACGAUGGUACUGG